AGCUUUCCAAACUGUCGUUUUGUAAUAAAAGAUACAAUCCUAUACAACCUUGCAACAUUAGAUUUUAUAUUUGAUUGUCGGAAUCGGUAACUAGAAAUUAUCACUUUGUUUUGCGAUUUUGAGCAGUUAAUAUAAUACCAUAGUGAUAAUAAUACUAUUCAUCAUUUCAAACUUACUUCUGCAGCAAAAAUGAAAGUUAUUUUCGUUAGUUUUCUUUUAUUGGCUGUUGUGAUCAUAGUAUCUGGAGAAAAAGAUGCCACUGUUCCCCAUUUUUUAUCAAAUGAAUUCAUUGAAUUGGUGCGCAAUAAAGCCAAAACAUGGACGCCGGGAAGGAAUUUUCACGAAUCUAUUGGUGAGAAAUAUAUACGUGGUUUAAUGGGAGUACACCCCGAUUCGCAUAAAUUCGCACUGCCCCAAUUAAUAAAGGAAUCUGAAGAGAGCGAAAUUGAAUUACCAGAGGAAUUUGAUUCGAGAAAGCAAUGGUCUCAAUGUCCAACAAUUUCGGAGAUACGAGAUCAAGGUUCUUGCGGAUCGUGUUGGGCGUUUGGAGCUGUGGAAGCAAUGUCCGAUAGGUUUUGCAUUCAUUCCAAUGGAACCCAAAAUUUUCACUUUUCCGCUGACGACUUAGUGUCAUGUUGUCACACCUGUGGAUUCGGAUGCAACGGAGGAUUUCCAGGAGCUGCUUGGAGCUAUUGGACCCGAAAGGGAAUUGUUAGUGGUGGUGCUUUUGGAUCGAAUCAGGGUUGUCGUCCAUAUGAAAUUGCACCAUGUGAACAUCAUGUAAAUGGAACGCGUCCAGCCUGUGACGGUGAGCAUGGAAAGACACCCCGUUGCCAACAUAAAUGUCAAUCAAGUUAUAAAGGUGAUUACGUUAAAGAUAAGCAUUACGGAGCUAAAUCGUAUUCUAUCGGACGCAAUCCGCGAGAUAUACAAGAAGAAAUUUAUACGAAUGGCCCAGUUGAGGGAGCCUUCACGGUUUAUGAAGAUUUAAUAUUGUACAAAGACGGAGUUUAUCAACAUGUAGUUGGAAAGGCCCUUGGAGGUCACGCUAUUCGUAUUUUAGGAUGGGGAGUAGAGAAGGGUACACCAUACUGGUUGAUAGCCAAUUCAUGGAACACAGAUUGGGGAAAUAAUGGAUACUUUAAGAUAUUGCGUGGUGAAGAUCACUGUGGAAUCGAAAGCGCGAUAUCUGCAGGUAUUCCAAGGAUUGAUAAUAACUAAAUAUCUUAAGUAAUAUAUAGAAAAAUAUUAAAAAUAUCUUAAGAUCCUCCCAUAUGUUUAUGUGAAAUAAUUAAAAAUAAACAACAAUAUACAUAUAUAUACAUACUCAAAUAUUAAA